AUGGGUGAUAAAGCCCCGCCCACACUGGUACAGCUGGCAACUUGGAAAUUGCUAGAGAACCAGGCCUUGGCCAUCUCUGCUCUGGAGGAGCUGCCCUGCGAUCUCUUCCCUCUGCUGUUCAUGGAGGCCUUGAACAGGAAAUGCACGAAGCUGCUGAAGGCCAUGGUGCAGGCCUGGCCAUUCCCCUGCCUCCCCCUUGGGUCCCUGAUGAAGAAGACAUUAGACCUGAAGACCCUGAAAAUCGCCCUGAGCGGGCUUGAUAUGCUGCUUGCUCAGAAGGAUCGGCCCAGGAAGAGCAAGCUGCAAGUGUUAGACUUGAGAAAAAAACACCAGGGUUUCUGGAAUGUGUGCUCUCAAACUGACCACGCCGACUGUGGACCACCACCACCAAAGAAAAUGAGGACUGAAUUAACGGAGUUCGUUCCAGGGCCAGGGGAGAAGCAGAUCCUCAAGGUGACAGUGGACCUAUGCUUGGAGCUCUGUGACCUGGAUACCUCUCAAAGGUACUUGUUUGAGUGGGCCAAGGAGAAGAAAGGCUUGGUCCAGCUAUGCUGUAAGAAGCUGCAGCUUUGGGAGCAGUGUAGCUGUGAGGUCAAAGAAUGGCACCCGUACCAUCUCCUGGAUAUAAUGGACCUGCCGCAUUUGGAAGACUUGGAGCUUCAUUAUCCCUGGAGCCUGUCCAAUCUGGCCGUGUUUGCUUUUCAACUGAGUGAGAUGAGAAAUCUGCACACGCUCUUCCUCUCUCACGUCUACAUCCCUGUCAAGAUGACUCCCCGGGAAGAGGAGCAACGGGUCCGCGUGUUCACGAGUCACCUGGGCAAGCUGGACUGCCUCCGGCAGCUGCACUUGGAUCACCUAGCGUUCCUCAAAGGCAACCUGUGGGAGGUGCUCAGGUCUCUGAAGAUGCCAUUAGAGUCCCUGUCAAUAUCUUACUGCCAGCUUUUAAAACCAGACUUCCAGUGCCUGCCUGCAUGCGAGAACAUGGGGCAGCUGAAACGCCUGCAUCUGAAAGCUGUCGUCCUGAGCUGUCCUAAGGCCCUCCAACAAUUUCUGGAGAAAGUCGCAUGUACUCUGGAGACCCUGGAGUUGGAGGACUGUAACCUGUCAGGCUCCCUGCUCACGGCCCUCCUGCCCGCCCUGAGCCGCUGCACCCAGCUCACCAAGGUCUGUUUCUAUGGCAACCGUUUCUCCAUGCCUGUCCUGAGGAAACUGAUAGAGCACACUGCCAAGCUGAGCCAGUUAAGUGAAGAGAUGUACGCAGUCCCUCUGGAGAGCUAUGACGAACCAGACGCUCUCCGUGCAGAGAUAGGCUCCCAGUAUUGUACUGAGCUUAUGAAUCUGCUGUGCAACUUCAGAGAGCCCAGGAAGGUCUCGUUCAGUGUCGAUCCGUGCCCUGAAUGUGGCUACCGCUGCUACUACGGCAUGGAUUGUCUGCUUAGCUGUCAGAUGAGCAACUAG